CUCUCUUCCUCUCCCUUACACUCUUCCGCCGUCACACACAGGCACACACACUCUCUCUUUCCCUCUCUCUCUCUCUCUCUCUCUCACACACACAGACAGACACACACGCAGUUUUUCUGCCUCACACUAACACCCACUCGAUCUGUCUAUCUCUCCUUUCUGAUGAGGGAACAUGUUGCCUAGGAGCAGCAGCAGCAGCAGCAGUGUGCUACACGUGGAGACAACCUCCUCUCUCUGUGUCUGACUGUAAUAAACCAGGGACAGGAGGAAGAAAGAAGGACCUGUUUCUUUUUUCUGUGUCUGACCAGACUCAUUGAGGAAGAGGAGGACGAGAAGAAAGAUAGGAAAAGGAUCAGUACGCAGAGGGAUUCAGGAUUUGAUUGUGACUGUGAGUCUGACCAAACUCACAGAGGUGGACUAGCGAGAGGAAGAAGAGGAGGAAGAGGAGGAGGAGAAGAGCCAGGAUUUGUUUGUUUAUCUGACAAAACUCCCCAAAGAGGAAGAAUAGGAGGAAGAGGAGAGGCUACUGUUUGUUGUCCAUUUGGGACAAGUGGGGUAGUGGGUUUGGACCGGGUCUUGGCACACCCCCCAAAGUCGCUACCAUGUGGCAGGAGGCCUUACGGACUCGGGGGCGCUACCUUCUGGAACGUGGGGGAGAGGGGGGAGAUGGGGGAGAAGCCCUGGGGGAUGUGUUUGUAGGUUUUGGGGAGACCCCGACACAGGGACAGGUGUGUGUUGGGGGACAAAAGACCCAGGACUGGCUGUAUGAGUCCUACUACCGUAUGAGCCAACAACACCCUCUCAUUGUGUUCCUACUGCUCAUAGUGAUGGGAGCAUGCCUCGCUCUACUGGCCGUGUUCUUUGCUUCCGGACUGAACAUGGAGGACCACCUAGCGUUCCUGAUCACCGUGCCCACCACCCUCUUCCUCUUCCUCUCCAUCUUCAUCCUGGUCUGCAUAGAGUCCGUCUUCAACCGCAUGCUCCGCCUCUUCUCCCUCCUUAUAUGGGCCUGCCUGGUUGCCAUGGGUUACCUCUUCAUGUUCUCCGGGGGGAUCCUCUGUCCUUGGGACCAGGUGUCCUUCUUCCUGUUCAUAGUGUUUGUGGUCUACACCAUGCUGCCGUUCUCCAUGAGGGGAGCAGUCCUAGCCAGCAUCAUCACAUGUUUAUCACACACAAUCACACUCAGUGUGUGUCUGGCGUUUACUGCAGAAGCCUUGGAACCACUGGUGUGGCAGAUCCUGGCUAACAUCAUUAUCUUUACGUGUGGUAACCUGGCUGGAGCGUACCAUAAGCACCUGAUGAACCUGGCCCUCAGACAGACCUACCAGGACACCUGCAACUGCAUCAAGUCCCCCAUCAAACUGGAGUUUGAGAAACACCAGCAGGAGAGGUUAUUGUUGUCCCUGCUCCCGGCCCAUAUCGCCCGUGUGAUGAAGGCAGAGAUCAUUCAGAGGUUACAGGGACCAAGGGACAGGGACUUCGGCCGGGCAGAGGGAACCAACAACUUUCACAACCUCUAUGUCCAACGACACACCAACGUCAGUAUUCUGUAUGCAGACAUCGUAGGGUUCACUAAGCUGGCUGGUGACUGCUCACCCGGAGAACUGGUGCACAUGCUCAAUGAAUUGUUUGGCAAGUUUGACCAGAUAGCCAAGGAGAAUGAGUGUAUGCGUAUAAAGAUUCUGGGUGAUUGUUACUACUGUGUAUCAGGCCUACCAGAGUCUCUCCCUCACCACGCACGCAACUGUGUCAAGAUGGGACUGGACAUGUGUGAGGCCAUCAAGAAGGUACGUGAUGCUACUGGUGUGGAUAUCAAUAUGCGAGUCGGGGUGCAUUCUGGGAACGUGCUGUGUGGCGUCAUCGGCCUCCAGAAGUGGCAGUACGACGUCUGGUCACAUGAUGUCACUUUAGCCAAUCACAUGGAGGCAGGGGGCGUGCCAGGGCGUGUCCAUAUCUCCUCAGUAACAUUGGAGCAUCUGAAGGGGUCCUAUAAGGUGGAACCAGGGGAGGGACAGAGUAGAGACUUUUACCUGAAGGAACACGGAGUCAUCACUUACCUGGUCAUCAACCCCAAGGCUGAGAGGCGGAGCCCUCACCUGUGUGCGCGUUCUCGUUCCUCUUUGGAAGGAGGGAAGAUGAGGGCGUCGGUCAGAAUGACUCGGUACCUGGAGUCCUGGGGGGCGGCAAAACCUUUUGCUAACCUGCACCAUCGAGACAGCAUGACCACUGACAACGGCAAAAUAAACACUAUGGAUGUUCCAAUGGGCCAGUAUCACUACCAGAGAAGAGAGAGGACUAAAUCUCAGAAGAGACGGUUUGAAGAGGAACUGGAAGAGAGGAUGAUCAGAACCAUUGACGGCAUCAACUCCCAGAAGCAGUGGCUGAAGUCUGAGGACAUCCAGAGGAUCUCACUCUUCUUUCACAACAAGACUCUGGAGAAGGAGUAUCGAGCCACCACUCUGCCGGCCUUUAAAUACUACGUCACCUGUGCCUGUCUCAUCUUCUGCUGCAUCUUCAUAGUGCAGAUACUGGUCCUGCCCAAAACAGCAGUGUUGGGGAUCUCCUUUGGCAUGUCUUUCCUCCUGUUAGGUCUGAUCCUGGUCAUAUGUUUCUCCAGCCACAUUUUGCAGGGAGGUAAAGGAUCGUGGUGCUCUCUCCCCUGGCUCCCUACUUCCUCACGCAUCAUCAUCGCCAACAAACCCUGGCUCCGAUUGGUCCUCACCAUGACAACCACCGCUGUUAUACUUGUCAUGGCUGUUUUCAACAUGUUCUUCCUGGAAGAUGAGGUUCUGACCACACCCCCUACCAUGAACUUGACCAAUGACAGCAUGCUCAGCUCCCACAGCCCCACCCACCUCACGGAUGGGAAUAAGUUCUACCUGCCUUAUUUUAUCUACUGUUGUAUCCUGGGUCUGGUGUCGUGUUCUGUGUUCCUGAGGAUCAACUAUGAGCUGAAGAUGGUUGUAAUGUUAGUUGCCAUGGUGAUCUACAACAUCAUCAUCCUCCAGACACAUGCACCCCUGCUGGACGGCUACAGUACUGCACUCUACAGCACACAGACACUGGACAGGCCAGGCAUUCUAAAGGAUCUGAAGACGAUGGGUUCUGUUUCUCUCUUCAUCUUCUUCAUCACUCUACUGGUGUUAGCACGACAGAAUGAAUAUUACUGUAGGUUGGACUUCCUGUGGAGGGACAAGUUCAAGAGAGAGUGUGAGGAGAUCGAGACCAUGGAGAACCUCAACAGGGUUCUACUGGAGAACGUUCUACCUGCCCACGUCGCAGAACACUUCCUGGGACGCAACUGGAAGAAUGAGGAUCUGUACCACCAGUCGUAUGAGUCGGUAUGUGUGAUGUUCGCCUCCAUCCCAGACUUUAAGGAGUUCUACACAGAGUCAGACGUCAACAAGGAGGGCCUGGAAUGUCUCAGACUCCUCAACGAGAUCAUCGCUGACUUUGACGAGCUGCUGUCCAAGCCUAAGUUCAGCGGGGUGGAGAAGAUAAAGACUAUUGGCAGCACCUACAUGGCUGCUACUGGGCUCAACGCUACACCUGGACCUGAAUACACACAGGAGCAUGACCGGCAGUACAUGCACAUUGGCACCAUGAUGGAGUUUGCCUUCGCCUUGGUCGGGAAACUAGAUGUCAUCAACAAACACUCCUUCAAUGACUUCAGGCUACGAGUUGGGAUAAACCAUGGUCCGGUGAUUGCGGGGGUGAUCGGAGCGCAAAAGCCUCAGUAUGAUAUCUGGGGGAACAGUGUUAAUGUGGCCAGCCGGAUGGAGAGUACUGGGGUACUGGGGAAAAUACAGGUAACCGAGGAGACGAGUCGUAUCCUGUUGACGCUGGGCUACAUGUGUUCAUGUCGCGGCAUCAUCAAUGUGAAGGGGAAGGGAGAGCUCAAGACCUUCUUCGUUCACACAGAGAUGACCAGAUCGCUGUCGCAAGGGACUGUGAUGCCUUGAACAUCAUACACUGAGCAAUUUACACACGCACGCCUGCAAGAAGUGCACACACACACAUGCCCGCAAGCGUGCCCACACACACACACACUCUUAAACUAUACAAACACAUGCAUUUACAUACACACAAAUGGACUUGCACACACAUCAGGGCUUCAAACUGGUAAAUAACUACAUUUGUCAAGGAACAGAAAGGAACAGAAACGGAACCGGGAACGAAAGUGAUCCAAACGGUUUUUCACCUAGUCCGCCCCCCCCCCCUUUAUCAAUACUAGUUAAGGAUACUAUAACAACCCUGGGUUUAUAAGCGCAGAUAUCCACUCUGCCGCUUGAGCAUGCUUUUGCGGCACAGUCGAUAGUGCGCUGGACUUCGGGCUAGAAGGUCGUUGGUUCGAGACCUGCUCCCUGCCUGUAUUAGUACAAUACUAUAGGCCUGGUUAUCACCUUUUCGUUGAAAUUAUUAAACCUUACAAAAAGGUAAGAUGUGUUUUUAAUUCUGGUGGCGCAUGUCAGUUAGCUAGCUAGCUCAAGCUUGUUAGCUAGUUAGCGCAAAGGACAUUCGAUAUUUCUCCAUAGAAGCCGCUCCGCCUAGGUAUAAUUAUGUGAACCUAAUUCAGAUAAUGCAUGUCAUAACAAGAUGUCCUGCGCUUCAAGCCUCCUCAACCCUAUCUUGCUCUCUUCCCACCCACAAAAUUUCAGUCGCAUCUUGCGCCAUAGGCUACACUUGUCUGUCCAUCACGCAUGGAAUCAGCUUGCCUGCUCUAUCCACAAUGAUUGGUAAAGUAAUUAAUAGUAAAUAAAGUAGUUAAAAAAGGAACCGAAAGAAACGAUAUCAACCUGUACUUUUAGCUUUGAACCGGUUCAGAACUUUAUUUUGCUGGUCGGAACACUGUAACGGAACAAAAUAAAAUUGGGGUUCUGUUCAUAAUGAAAUAAUUGGAAAAUAACUUUAGUUCCAACCUGACACAUACGCGCAUGCACAAAUACAGCACAUACACACACACAUACAAGGACUUAUACAAUCACACACACAAACACAUUCAAAACUGCCUGCUGUAACAGAACGUAUCUGUCAAGACUCCUUGUUUACAACAGUAACUCUCAGACCACUUCAUCUGAACCAGACAGAAGGCAGACAACAUUUAGAACAACAGACAGAACAGACAGACGGCUGUACAUACAGUAUUACCUGCAUCGUCCCUCCUUAGCUGGUUACAGUAGUGGCUGGACUUCAUAGGUUACAGUCGUCCUUAGAUGCUGAUCUUAGGUCAGUUUUGCAUCCCCGUCCCCCGUGUUUAGGAUACGCUGAUCCUAGAUCUGUGCGCAAUGGGAAUUUCUAGCUUUAGUGGAUUUCAAUGGCUGCCCAAAUGGUUGUGUGGUGCAGUGCAGAGACAGAUAUUGAGAGUAUGUGUCAGGAUUCUAGUCAGAGCCAUCUUGGCACCAAUAGUCCUUUCAUCAUUACAGUACUUUUAGUCAGAAUGGGGAAAAAAAACUGGUGUCAACAUGAACAGUAGUUUGCCAAACCUUCUAUAGCUAACCUAUCUCUAAGAUCUGGAGCAGAGCUUCUGUCAAGCAAAGAGCAAUGUACGUGGACCUCAAGAGCAGCCGGGAAUCAAGAGCUACUGGACUUUUGUAAGAAAACCAAAAAACUACAUCAAGAACAGGAGAACGUUUCCAUGUUUUGACGGCAUCAUUUUCUUACUCAUUAAAACCAUUUGUAUAUA